AAAUUGUGAGCAAACUAUAAAAAUCGUCGAAAAGCAAUAGAAAGUGUUUCAGUUCCUUUUUUGUACUCGAAGUUGAUUCGUGUAGAACGCAAUUGGUGACAAUGAAACUCUCUAACGUAGUUCUAGUUUUGACCGCCUUUCUGAUGGUUUUUGUCGUUAAUGUCAACUCAAAAUCUGUAGACGUGAGUGCCAUUAGUCAUGGCGAUGAUGCCGAACAUUCUCAACCAAUUGACCCUAAAGCUGUCGCCACUACUGUAGCUGUGGAAGUUACAACGACCAAUGUUCCUGAAUCUUCAGAAAAUACAGAUAGUACUCCGGCCGAUGUAACAGAGGUCACCGAAGUUACUGAGGGCUCAGGAGCAACGGAAGUUACUGAGGGCACAGAAACUACCGAAGACACUGAAACUACCGAAGUAACUCCCGUGGUAACUGAAGCUCCCGAGGGCACUGAAGCUCCUAAAGGCAUGAAAGGUCGCAAAGGCCUGGAUUCAUCACAACCUCCACUGACCUUGGAAGAACCUCACCAAUUUAUCGAUCAUUUAAUGAAAGUUGUGGCCGAAAUUGUAAAUUCUGUGGUUGAUGCUGUCCACAAUAGCCGAACACAUUUGCCACCCAGUGAGUAACCUUUGCAACCACAUUUAGAUAACCGACCAAGACCUCCUUUCCCUCAACCCGUUGAGGUAGAAAAUUAAUUUUGAAAAUUCGUAGAGCAAAUAAUGUUCAAAAUCUUUUCUCAGGUUUUAUUUAAAUAAAUUAUUGGCGGUUGUUAAUGAUAUAAAAAAUAUUAAA